AAAUCAACGGAUGAAAAAAGCACUAAAUAUUUUCAAUCCUUUUGAAUUUUCCACAUAAACCAUACAUACAUCCAGAGACUAAGGUUUGAAAACCGAACCGAAAUGUCAUCGUCCUCUUCAACUUCUAGGCCCCUCCCGAACGGCACUCUCUCAACCUCCACCCACCGCCACCACCCGCCCUACAGCCCCCGAUCCUCCUCCUUCUCCUCCGCCUCCUUCAAGGGCUGCUGCUGCUGCCUCUUCCUCCUCCUCUCCUUCCUCGCCCUCCUCGUCCUCGCCGUCGUCCUCGUCGUCGUCCUCGCCCUCAAGCCCAAGAAGCCGCAGUUUGAUCUCCAGCAGGUCGGCGUCCAGUACAUGGGCAUUACCACUCCCAACACUCCCACUACUCCUAUGGCUUCCCUUUCCCUCAACAUUCGAAUGGUUUUCACUGCCGUUAACCCUAACAAGGUCGGGAUCAAGUAUAGCGAGUCCCGUUUCACUGUUAUGUACCGAGGAAUCCCGCUCGGUCGAGCCUCUGUUCCUGGAUUUGUUCAAGAACCACAUAGCCAGCGCCAGGUCGAUACCACCGUCGCCGUCGAUCGCGUCAAUCUCCUCCAAGCCGACGCUGCUGAUUUGAUCCGCGACGCCUCCUUGAACGACCGUGUUGAGCUCAGAAUACUCGGCGAUGUCGCCGCUAAGAUCCGCCUCUUAUCCUUCAAUUCCCCCGGCGUUCAGGUUUCAGUGGAUUGUGCAAUUGUGAUCAGUCCAAGGAAGCAGUCUCUUACGUACAAGCAAUGUGGUUUUGAUGGCUUAAGUGUCUGACUCGGGUCGGUUCGUGUUUCAAUUAUUCCAUUUUGGUCCCUAUACGAUUUACCAAUUCAGUUCUCAUCCACAACCACCAGUCAAGAUAGAAACGGUUGUGGAAUUAGGGAUUGAAUUGAAAUGAUGAAGAUUUUUUGGAAGGACAUAAUUAACGAGAGGAUAGCUACUCGGGAAACGAUUUGUAGAGAGAGCGAUUACUCGAGAGAGAGAGAGAGAGAGAGAGACUUAGACGAAGAAAAUGUAAUAUUAUGAACAUUUUUUCACGAGAAUAUUACGAGAGGCGGUACUCGAGCUUUGAGAUGGCAA